UGAGAGUGAAGAAGGGGAAGGGGACGAAGAAGAAGACUAGAAGAAGAAGAAGGACGAUGACGAUGGUCAUGGUCGCAUUGCGGAAGCCCUAGCCAGCCAGCAAUUUGUCUGUAUUCCGCUUCGAUUUCUCAUGCACCUGAAUCCGAACCAAGCAGAUUACCUUUCCUCAUUCUCAAACUAUUUUAUUAUUGAUUCUUCAGUGUAGUGCUGACUUUCUGCUCAGUCGAUCGGCCCUGAGGGCAGGGGAUGGUAGUGGAGACAGCGUGGGGAGGUUUUCUGCGGAGUAAUCAGAGCGUUGCGUGACGUAGGGGGAGCACUACGGUGAAGAGGAACAGAAGGAGACGCAUUCGGCGGAUUGCAAUUGGCAGUGGGAUCCUCCUUGGUGGUUUUUGGAUUAGGUUUUGAUGUCCCUAGGGGACAGGGACUCCAGGAGCAUGGCGACGGCCUUAUGGCAGCCGCAGGAGGAAGGCUUGAAAGAGAUUUGUGGAUUGCUGGAGCAGUAUCGAUUGCCUACUGUGGACCAAUCGCGCAUCUGGCAGCAGCACCAGUCCUGCAGCCAGCUGCCGGACUUCAACAAUUAUCUCGCUUUCAUCCUGUGCCGUGCUGAGGGAGAUGCAGUCAAUAUUCGACAAGCAGCAGGGUUGCUGCUGAAGAAUAAUUUGAAAAGCAAUUAUCAGUUGAUUCAACCUCCUCAUCUGCAGUAUAUUAAAGCGGAAGUGCUCCCCUGUCUCGGAUCUCCAGAUUUUGGUGUACGAACAACUGUCGGCACUAUAGUGAGUGUUGUGGUGCAGCAUGAAGGUUUUCAGGGUUGGCCAGAAGUUUUUCAGGCUCUAGUUCAAUGUCUAGACAGCAAUGACUACAAUCAUAUUGAGGGUGCGCUUGGUGCUCUUUUCAAGAUUUCUGAGGAUUUUCCCGAAAUUCUUGAUUCGGAGGUUUCAGGAUUUGCAGACCGCCCUAUUGCCAUUUUCAUUCCUAGAUUGCUUCAGUUUUUCUCUUCAGAACAUACGGUGUUGCGGAGGUUGGCCUUGGGCACUGUUAACCAAUUUAUCGUCCUUUUGCCCUCUGCACUUUUUAUUAACAUGCAGACUUAUUUGCAAGGCUUGUUUUCAUUAGCUAGUGAUAGGUCUCCAGAUGUUCGCAAAUUGGUUUGUGCUGCUUUGGUACAAUUGUUAGAAGUGCAGCCUAAUGCUCUGCAGCCUCACAUGAGGAAUGUGAUUGAGUACAUGCUUCAAGCUAAUAAAGAUCCUGAUAGGGAUGUUGCUUUGGAGGCUUGUGAGUUCUGGUCUGCAUUUUGUGAAGCAAAGCUACCACCUGAUAUUCUGCGAGACUUUUUACCGCGUCUUAUUGAUAUUUUGUUGGACAACAUGGCCUAUGCAGAAGAUGACGAAGCUUUGCAAGAUGGGGAUGAAGAUGAGAAUGCACCUGAUAGAGAGCAGGAUAUUAAACCGAGGUUUCAUCAAUCGCGGACGAUUGGGGGUGGUGAUGGUGCUGAAGGAGAGGAGGACGAUGACGACGAGGAUAUUAUAAAUUCCUGGAAUUUACGGAAGUGUAGUGCUGCUGGACUUGAUAUAUUGUCUACCAUAUUUGGAGACGAAAUUCUCCCAGUUCUCAUGCCUCUUGUUCAGGUGAGAUUGUCCGCAACAAAAGAUUCGGCAUGGGAAGAAAAGGAGGCUGCAAUUUUAGCUCUAGGUGCUGUUGCAGAGGGUUGCAUUUCAGGCCUGUCACCUCAUCUAGCACAGAUUGUAGUAUAUCUUACAUCAUUCAUGGAAGAUGUACGACCCCUUGUGCGAAGUAUAUCAUGUUGGACUCUUUCUCGCUACAGCGAAUGGAUUGUUAAGGUUGCACAGACUGCAGAGGGCCAGGUACAAUUCGAUGCAAUUCUUACAGGGUUGCUGCGGCGAAUCCUGGAUCCUAACAAACGUGUCCAGGAGGCUGCAUGCUCUGCAUUUGCUACCCUUGGAGAGGAAGUCGCUGAAGAUUUAGCUCCUCGGCUGGAACCCAUACUGCAGCAUCUCAUGUAUGCCUUUGGAACUUAUCAGAGACGGAAUUUGCGUAUCCUAUAUGAUGCCAUUGGCACACUAGCCGAUGCUGUAGGCAGUGAGCUCAACAACCCUAAAUACCUUGAAAUCUUGAUGCCACCAUUGAUCUCCAAAUGGCAACAGGUGCAAGACUAUGACAAGGAUUUAUUUCCGCUACUUGAGUGCUUUACUUCAAUAGCUCAGGCACUUGGUCCUGGUUUCUCUCAUUAUGCUGAACCCGUGUUUAUGAGGUGUAUCAAUCUCAUUCGUACACAUGGAGUUGCCAAGGCUGAUCCUUUGAGGGCAGGCGUAAAUUACGACAAAGAAUUCAUAGUUUGCUCCUUAGAUUUGCUAUCCGGUCUCGCUGAAGGCCUUGGCAGCUCCAUUGAGAGCUUGGUAUCAAGAAGUGAUCUUCGGGACCUUCUACUACAAUGCUGUGCUGAUGAAGCCCCCGAUGUACGUCAGAGUGCUCUGGCCCUCUUGGGUGAUCUCGUCAAGGCUUGCGCUGUACAUCUGCAACCUCGACUUGCAGAAUUUCUCAACUUAGCUGCCAAUCAGCUGGGACAUUGUGUAAAGGAAAAUGUUUCAGUUGCAAAUAAUGCAUGCUGGGCUAUUGGUGAAGUGGCCAUCAAGGUCAGGAAAGAGAUUGCACCUAUUGUGUUGAAUGUCGUCUCUUCGCUGGUGCCCAUCCUUUCCAACGCUGAGGGUCUAAACAAGUCUCUCUUGGAGAACAGUGCAAUUACCUUAGGAAGAUUGGGAUGGGUUUGUCCUGAACUUGUUGCUCCUCACAUGGAGCAUUUCAUGCAACCCUGGUGCCGCGCUCUGUGCACGAUACGAGAUGAUUUUGAGAAGGAAGAUGCUUUUCGAGGAUUGUGUGCUAUGGUUCGACUGAAUCCGGGUGGUGCUGUGAACUCAUUUGUAUCAAUGUGUGACGCUAUCGGUAGUUGGCAUGAGAUCCGGAGCACAGAGCUAUCUUCAGAAAUCGCACAAGUUUUACAUGGGUACAAACAGAUGCUAUCUCAAUCCAGCUCAUGGGAACAAUAUUUUGGAGCCUUGGAUGGCACACUGCGUGAAAAGUUGGUGAAAACGUAUGCUCUUUGAGAAUGGCAUUCAGUUUAUUGGGUCUCCUAUUCAUUCGGAGGCAUAGAUUGCGCAAAUCCUGCGCCACAUGUCCCACUUACGGUUAUCGCACACUUGGAUGCUCGUGGUUCAUUCAAGUGCGGUUGUCCCGUCAAGAAUUCGUUAAUAGUGAGGGAGUAGAGAUCUGCCCUAGUUUACAAGCACUCGAUUCGAUGUGGUUUGCAAUUUUACUUAAGCUGACCCUCAUUCUCUAGUGCUCGUUGCUUAGUGGUAUGUCUUAAAGGAUCUUACAUAGCCACCCCUUCGACAGUGAUUUCAGGACCUCUACUUCAGAUUAAUAUUUGGGCUCCGUGGGCACACUACCAGAACUUCGUAUCUGAUGCACUGUUACUAAGUAAAGUGCUAACCAGAUCCUGUUGGUGCUGAUAUUGUAGCUUUAACUUUGGAGCUAUAGCAAUUCCGAGACCUUUUGCUUGCUAGUCAUUAUCCUUGACGGGGUGUUAGGGUUUUUGUAACAAGUAGGUGACAUGCCACCUCAAGCAGUUUAAGUGUAAGUGAGGAGAAGAACAAGAGGAGGCUUUAGUGUCGUUGCGGCUGGCUUCGGCCGCAUAAGUUUAUUCGAUGGAAGUAUUUUGAGUUGUAUUGUUCUAGUCUGACAAUUUGAUGUAGCAGUUAUAGAUGUGGGGUGCUAUCCUGUUCGUGAACAUUGUACCAUUUGCAGAUGGUUUUAGUUAUAUUUGACCACUGCUCAUGUAGAAGGUUGAGGAGGAGCCCUUCCAAGUUUUAGCUAUGUGAUGUGCUAUAGCUCUAGCUGAUGUGAAGAGUUCCGUCCUGAGGUUGACAUUUUGUUGAACAUGUCCAGUUUAUCAUUCUGUCAAUGUGCGCUUUUGCUCCAUUGGUUAUUCUAA